AAUCUUUUCUGUCAAAAAGAAGCACCAAAAUUAUCGCAACGUGAAUCGCGAAGUGCUUUGGUACGUGAACUUGAAAUUCUAAUCAGCAAUUUAGACCGCGGUACAAAAGAUUAUAAGAAGGCAUCAUGGCUAAAAGAUAAAUUAAAGGAAUGUGAAAAUGCUAACGAAGUAAUUUAUCAAAUCAAGAAAGAAGAUUCGAUGCUUAAACUUUGCGUUGAUGCUAUACUUCUCAAGCUAAAAAGCAUGGGGCUGAUUAUUAAUAAUAAUAAUGAGGCAAUGCGGUGUGAAUAUAUUUCUAUCAUAUUAAACACGGUGGUUAGCUUUCUUGAAAGCUUGAAAGUCUCACCCCAAAUGAAUAUUUCCGGAGUUGAAAGUAAUGGCAGAGUCGACUUUGCAGUAAAAACAACUGAUAUAUUAGAUGAACUAAUAUGCAUUGUAGAAGGAAAACAAAAUCUACCAGGAAUUGGUAUAGCGCAAAACCUCAUACAAUGUAAAAGUGCUUGUGAUAUGAACUUGAUCACGCUUAAUAAAAAGCGAAAAGCUAAGGAAUUAGAUAUUUACGACUACUAUUACAUAUACGGUAUUAUCAGUUUGGCAACGGAAUGGAUUUUUCUCUUUCACAGCACAGAAGGAAUCUAUGCUACGACCAAUAUCAAAUAUCAUAUUCCUCUUAUGGAAGAUGCACUCCAAGAUCUCACAGAAUUGCAUGAAAGUGUAAAAGAAAUUUUAGAAAUAAUUGUAGGUUUAUUAGAUAACCGGUUAUCUGCAAGUAAAAACCCGCUACCAAAAAAUGAAAAGUAUAGGAGAAAAUUAAAGCAUAAUAUUGUUACAGGAUAUGUUUCUUUUCCUCAUCAAAGAUCUAAAGACUUGAGCAUCA